GGGGCCCGGCACUGACACCCUCCGUGCCUGCGCUCCCGGCAGGUGCCCCUGCACAGCCCUCGCCUCCCCGCUGCGCUCUGCCCUGCGCUCAGCCCGCACAGCCACAGCUGCACGUCCUGACUGCUCGCUGCUGACAUGGCACAGGGCAGGGACCACCCCAAGCCUGGGGACCUGAUCGAGAUCUUCCGGCCAAUGUACCAGCACUGGGCCAUCUACGUGGGGGAUGGAUAUGUCAUCAACGUGACACCUGUAGAUGAAGGAGCCCCAUCCCUGUCAGUGAGCACCACAUCAAUAUUCACCAGAAAGGCUAAGGUGAAGAAGCAGCUCCUGAAGGAGGUGGUGGGAAAUAAUGAAUGGCGUGUCAACAACAAGCACGACUGCUCCCGCACUCCUCGCCCCGUGGAGGAAAUCAUCCAACGUGCUGAGGAAUGGGUUGACAGGGAGGUGCCAUAUGAUGUGCUUGGCAGCAACUGUGAGCACUUUGUGACAGAGCUCCGCUAUGGAGAGAGAGUCUCUGAUCAAGUCACAAAGGUAGUUAUUGGUGCUACAGCAGCCGUAGGAGGUAUCAUUCUUGCUGGACUUGCCACUGCUGUUGUGAAGGGUUUCUGUGGGGACUCAUCCAGGAAAGAGAGAAAAUACUACUGAUGGGCUGUCAGGAAGAGCUCUGAGCAAGGCGGGGGGAGCACCAGGAAACAGCCAUCACUGGUCAGCUUCUGCUACACCUGCCAUCAAAGCUGAUUAAUUACCGUGCCUUGCUGUAUACAUUAAAUAAGCCUUAAUAAUUGUUAGAAACCCAAACUUUAAUUGCCCCCAAAACCUCUUUUAUCUGAGAAUAUCUUUGUGUCUAAGUUCAAUGAUUCAACCAUGCUUUUCCCUGCUAUCUCUUUAAUAAAUAAAAAGUCAAGAUUGGCACCCUUUAAGGUGACCUCCAGCAGUA